UGGCUAAUUUGAAAAUUGAUUUGCACUUUGUUAUAAACUAUAAACUUCUUAGUGUAGUGCACUAUAGUGCGGUUUGCCCACCUCUAAUCACUGUUGCCUACUUCGCUUCUCCCGCAUUACUGACAUUCAUAGGGCUUUGCAUCGCGUUGUCGUCGUUGGUUUCCUCGGCGUUUUCGUUGGAGUCGUCGUGCUUCUUCUUUAUGAAUUUUUGUAGUUUUUGAGGGUCAAGUUCGUCGUGCUUUCGCUUUGGUGCUACCGUGACAAUUUUCUUUGUUAUCUACAACUGACAAAGAGGUAUAUGAUAUAAUAGUAUAGAAAAGGUGGACACAGUAGCGAGUGCCUGUAUUUCCACUACACUUGGAGGUUUGCUUCCCUUUUCCCUCCCAUGGUUGUUAUGGCAGUUGAGAAGGAAAAGCUUCAGGAAGAAUCCGUAAUCCGCCGCUUCUACAAGAUUAUUCUUAGUUGGGACUACCGUGCUCUCCUCAAGGAAUCUAAGGAGCAGAAGAAAGGGACUGCGAAGUCAACACUCGUGAAGGUGAAGAACCGGUAUACAGACGUUGAUGACUAUAUUGCAACCUACGAACCGCUCAUCUUUGAAGAAGCCAAAUCCCAGAUCAUUAAGGAGAAAGAGGAAGAAGAGGUGACUGAUUGGAAAUUGGGGGUGGUAAAAAUUUGGAAUGAGGCAGAUGAUUUUCAUUUUAUAGAAUUUCCGUGUGAAAUUAAUGAGGGAGAAUCAAUAUCACAGAAUGAUCUUUUGCUGCUUUCCAGAGAUAAGUUUGGAGAUGGAAAAAGAGUACCUACUGUUUAUGCAUUUGCUUUGGUGGAACAUGUCCGGAAAUAUUUUAAUACCCGACUUGUUCGAGUUAGACUCUAUCUUGCUGGGGAGUUCUUAAAAUAUAAUACAGAUGAUGUAAAAUCUUGUCCUAGGCUGCUUAACAUGCGAUCUCAUAUAUGCGAGACAGAAAGACAGUUAUAUUUUAUGAAGCAAUGCAGCUUAUCUACUAUUGCUCGUGAAUAUUUGGCUAUUCGAACUUUAGGCUGUCUCCCGUACAAGGAUUUAAUAUUAAGUGCAGUUGGAGAAGAUUUUGGCACAGAAGUCGAGGAAUGGAAAAUCCCAACACCAUUGAGGGAAUAUGUUGAAAAUAGUUUUAAUCAGUACCAGCGUGAGGCCAUUACAGCUGGUCUAUCAUCAAAAGCCUUUGUCCUGAUACAGGGGCCCCCAGGGACUGGGAAGACUCAGACCAUACUUGGGAUUCUAAGUACCAUUUUGCAUGCAACUCCUACAAGAGUGCAUUCUAACAGGACCUAUGAGCUAAGGCAACGACCGCAAUUAACUACUGAGGAGAAACAAAGACAUUGGAGACUAGCGUCUCCAUGGCUUAGUAGUAUUAAUCCAAGGGAUAGUCUGAUGCCAAAAGACGGUGAUGAUGGCUUUUACCCAACUACUGGAAAUGAACUAAAACCUGAAGCUGUAACUUCAAGUCGGAAGUACCGUGUAAGAGUGUUAGUUUGUGCCCCAUCAAACUCUGCCCUUGAUGAGAUUGUGUUGAGGGUUCUCAAUGGAGGUGUACAUGAUGAAAAUGACCGUGUUUAUUGCCCUAAAAUUGUACGGAUUGGUCUCAAAGCACAUCAUUCUAUCAAGGCUGUUUCCCUGGAUGAACUUAUGAAACAAAAACGUUCUAGUGCCAAUAAAUCAUCCACCAAUAAGCAGAGUACUGCAGGAAGUAAUGAUGACAGUAUCCGAGCUGCAAUUUUAGAGGAGGCCACUAUUGUCUUCUCAACUCUCAGCUUUAGUGGUUCCCAUGUUUUCAGUAAACUAAAUCGUGGAUUUGAUGUUGUGAUUAUAGAUGAAGCAGCACAGGCUGUGGAGCCUGCAACUCUUGUUCCGUUAGCCAAUCAAUGCAAAAAAGUUUUUCUGGUUGGUGAUCCAGCUCAACUUCCAGCAACUGUAAUUUCGGACAUUGCUAAGAAUCACAGAUACGGCACAAGCUUAUUUGAAAGAUUGAUGGAGGCUGGUUAUCCAGUUAAAAUGUUGAAGACCCAAUAUCGAAUGCAUCCUGAGAUACGAAGCUUUCCCUCCAGUGAGUUUUAUGGAGACUCAUUGCAAGAUGGGGAUGAGGUGAAAUCACGGACAAUACGGGCAUGGCAUGAUUACCGCUGCUUUGGCCCCUUCUGCUUCUUUGAUAUACACGAGGGAAAAGAGACUCAACCAUCUGGGAGUGGUUCAUGGAUUAAUAUCGAGGAAGUUGACUUUGUUCUAUUCUUGUAUCAAAAACUGAUUUCACUUUAUCCGGCACUCAAAUCUGGUAACCAAGUUGCAAUUAUAUCACCCUAUAGUCAACAAGUCAAGCUCUUCCAAAAACGUUUUGAGGAGAUCUUUGGAAUGUCAGCUGAGAAAGUAGUGGAUAUAUGUACUGUUGAUGGUUGCCAGGGACGGGAAAAGGACAUUGCAAUAUUUUCAUGUGUCAGGGCAAGCAAAGAUAAAGGCAUAGGUUUUUUAGAAGACAUCCGACGGAUGAAUGUUGGGAUCACUAGAGCAAAGUCAGCAGUAUUGGUGGUUGGAUCUGCCUCAACAUUAAGGAGGAGUGAACAAUGGAACAAGCUAGUGGAAAGUGCAGAGAAAAGGGACUGUUUAUUCAAAGUUUCUCAACCAUAUUCAUCAUUCUUCAGUGAUGACAGUCUGGCCUCCAUGCAAAAAAAGGUAGCCGAACCAUCUCAGGUGAUUGGACCCACUGAUACAGUAGAUAAUGAUGUACAGCCCAACACUGCUGCAACCUUUGAUGAUCAAGCACAAGCUGAGGACAACGACGAUGGUGACGUGGACAUGCAUGAUGCGGGUUUUGAUGAGGAUUAGUUGAGUUGUAGACUGUAUAAAUAUAAUUUAUGUGUUUUCCUGUCAUGAGAAGGAAAAAUGAUAGUAUUCAUUUAAUGCAGAAAAAGACACUGCAUAGUUACUGAUUUUCUACCAGGUAUUUAUUAUAUGCAAGUAAAAAUGCACAGUUUUUAACUUA